AUGAUGGUCAUGAAAAGCACAAGAGAACUUGGAUCCGUUAUCAUCUUAACUAUGCUCUGCAUUAAGUAUAGUGGUAUCCAGCGUAUAUUUGAAAAACCAACAUUUGUAUACAAGCUGUACGAAUAUCAUGACAUUCACUUUGGUAGUCGCCUUCUUAAUGUUAGUCUGUACGGAAUACACGGAUCGGAUUCUUGUUGGCCUGGCACCUGUUUAGUAACUGGAUGA